GUGUCAUCCGUGAACGUUCUUCUGUGACGAUUCCAGGCUUUAGCAUUGACCACAGGCAACAGGAGAAGUUUCACACGGCUCCUGAACAUGGCUCUAAAUCGGAACCAUUCGCAAAACGGCGGAGUUUUGAUCAAUAACGGAGAAAGUGUCUUAAGACAAUGUAAGAAUGUGGAGCUGUCAUUCAGCGACUUCUCUUGCAAGACUGAUCUGCUGAAAGGGACCAAGAAAGGCACCAUUUAUCUAACUCCAUACAGGCUGAUGUUCGUGUCCAGCAACAACAAGGACUGCUUAGGCUCAGCCAUGUUCCCCUACUAUCUGAUGAAAGGCUGCAGCAUUGAGCAACCAGUGUUUGGCGCCAACUACAUCAAAGGCACCGUGUCGGCUGAGCCUGGUGGCGGCUGGGAAGGUCAGGCUCAUUUCAAGAUGUCAUUUCCCAGCGGAGGAGCCAUUGAAGUGGGGCAGCAUCUUUUCAAACUGGCCACAAAUGCAUCCCGUGCUGGUCCGGCCCAGAAUGGGGCUCCUGCCUAUGGUUACCCCUCACCCGGAAUGGUGAACGGGUACGGUCCGCCUCCACCGGCGCCUACCGGCUAUCCUUACCCGCCCCCUCCCCAGCAGAAUGGAUUCUACCAGGGUCCUUCCCCUCCCACUGCUCCUGGCAAUAUGGGCUACCCCUAUCCAACGGCAGCAGCAGGUACAGCUUUGAGUCAAAAUGACUUUUUCUUUUACUUUCGAAUUGUGUAAACACUGUACAAAAUG